AAAUUUUCUCGGUAACUUUGACCUUUAACCCUUCUAUUUUAGCGCCAUUUUCAAGAUGUCAGGAUGUGGCUGACUCUUCCGCAAGAAAUCUUUGGUAGUUUAUGCAGAACGUGACCGAAAAUUUGAAACACCGCAAAGCCAAAUCUAAGAAGACAACACCAUGAGCAAGUCCAAAGAGGCAGCAGCUGCCUCUGCAGUCCUGGAGUAUCUGAAGAAGCAGAACCGGCCCUACUCAGCCACAGAUGUGUUCAGUAACCUGCACAAGGAGUAUGGCAAAACAGCUGUAACCAGGGUACUUGAGGAGCUGGCUCAGAAGGGGAAGAUAAAAGAAAAGGUGUACGGCAAACAGAAGGUGUACUGUGCAGACCAGAGUGUUUUUCCUGAUGUGAAAGACACAGAAAUGAAGGACAUGGACCAGCAGAUCUCAGAACUGACUGAUAAGGUGCGGAACACACAGGCAGCCUGCAAGGGGAGGGAGACAGAGUUGAGAGAUCUGACCAGCUCAAUCACCACACAGGAGGCAAAGGCUCAACUGGCAGAACUUACUAAGAAGUGUUCCCAGUACCAGGAGAAACUAGACAAGCUGAAGUCAGGUGGUAAAACCAUCACCAAGGAAGAAAAAGAAAAGGUAUACAAGGAACAUGAAGCAAUGGUUAAACAGUGGCGCAAGAGAAAGAGAAUGGCUACUGAAAUGCUGGAUGCAAUCUUGGAGGGAUACCCCAAGAGGAAGAAGGAUCUAUUUGAGGAGAUUGGCAUAGAGACAGAUGAAGAGUGCAAUGUGAAAAUCCCUCAGAGCUGAAAAAAAGUUUAAACUAAAGUCACAUAGAAUUGUUGAGUUGGAAUUCCCCUAAUUGACUGUAGAUAGAUAUAUGUAUAUGGCCUCUUUCAGUCAAUAUUGACCGUAGUAAAAUCCUAAUUGAUAUCCUUGAAAAAAAAAAGAUGCUGUAUAUACGAAAAGAAAAGAAA